AUGUAUUCUCGCCUCGUGCGGCGUCCGGCCUUCUUCGGCUCAAAAAUUGGUCUCCUUGUGGCAGGUAGAGUGACUUCGGCGUCAGCCACUUUGCUUGAGGGCGAUUGGAAGGUGAAUUUCCCACUCGUUCGCACGGCUCUGGUCGGAGUAGUCGCCAUCAACUUAAUGAGUAGCCACGAACUUACAUCGAAAUACCACAAAUUUCUUUGUGCCUCUUGGACAGAAAUUAUCGCC